GCAGGGCGGGGUGCUCUGCUGGGAUGCACCGUCCUCAGUCUGUGUGAGACCCCUUUCUUCUUUGGCUUAUUUACUCCAGUUAUUCUUGAUGCCUGGUUCACUCACAUCCCUCCCCGGAAGUAUCCCUCCUUUUCCUUCUGUGUCGCUUUUCUGUUGGUGUUCUUGUCCUUUCUUGCUUCUCUAGAUUCCAGAUCAGUGUCUCUCAUCAUUUGGUGACUUGUCACCUCGUGUCAGCCAUGUGUUGUCCAGCCUGUCACUUUGGUGAGGUCGAAUCCAACUGUUUGUUGUUACCUUUUGUUUUGUGCUUCCAGGGCAGGGGGGGAGUUUGUGUUUGGGGUUUUAUUUUCAUAAUUUUUUUCCCCACCCCCGGGCCCAAAGACAGUUUUCUUCACUUAUUGGCUCUAGACUCCUCGUUUCCCCUGUAGGUCUUUAAUUGCCCUUUGUUUACAACAUGAGGCAAGUAUCCGAACUGAUUGUUCUUCCUCCAGCGAGGAGUUGCCCUGGUAUCGUGUUUGAGAUGGUCUUACCCCUUCCCAUUGCCACUUGGCACCCCCGUGGCCUGCAUUGAGAGGCUCCGAGAGGGGCCCUGGCCCGUCCCUGGGGGCUGGUGCCCACUCUCAGAUUUGGAGGGGUGGGGCGGAAAGGUGGGUGCCCUUUCAUUUCAGAACUGUCCUGCCUGUCGGGGGACCUUUAUUUCUCCGCUGGGUUCUAGAAGGAUUCUUCUUCUUUGGUCAAAUUCCUCCAGAACAAAAAAGGCUGGUGUUUUUAUUAUACACUGUAAUUUAUUAAGUAAGUUUGGGUGGGUUGGCUUUUUACAGUGCUUAGUCACCCUCCACAGACUUGGUCCAUUUCCCCCUUUCUUUGGAUUUUCCCUUGAGCUUUUGACAGAAGGUGAACGUUUUCUCUUCUGAGUCUCGUCUCCUCUUUGCUUGAUUCACCCAGAGAAACCUGUAGCCUCUGUUAGUGUGUGCUCUUUCGGCCGCCGCUGAUUCUUCCAGUUUGUGGGGAUUUUUCCGUGGAUGACCAUGUGGUCUGCAGAAGAUGACCCUCUCAUCCUCGUGUGUCCCCUCUCCUCUCCUUUCCGGUUUUUCCUCUUGGCUGCCGGCCUGGCAGUUGGGGGGGGGGGCGUGCUUCCCUCCCAGCAUGCAUGGCCCUUGUCGUCAGCACCCCUCUCCCGCUGUCCGCCUGCAUUGUGGGUAAGUGGGGAGUGGCUUUUAAGAGCAUCUUGAGUGCCAUCCCUGCAGGCUUGGUGGUGGCUGUGGUCAAGAGGUUUUUAAGUUGCUCUCCAGACUCAUUUGAGGAAAGGAUCAGCUGGGUCUUUCUGCGGGGGCAGUGGUAGCAGAGGCGCCAGGCGCCAGGAUCACUUUAAACCCUGCUGAGUUCCUUUCUCAGCGCCAGGGCCAGAUGCCUACCCAGUCCUGGGGGGCCCUUUGAGCCCCUAGCACAUGCCCUCAUGUCCACCUGUUUCCUUUCUCCCCAGAACGUGCUGGCUAAGGCCCUCUAUGACAACGUGGCCGAGUCCCCGGAUGAGCUCUCCUUCCGCAAGGGCGACAUCAUGACAGUGCUGGAGCGGGACACACAGGGCCUGGAUGGCUGGUGGCUCUGCUCGCUGCAUGGGCGCCAAGGCAUCGUGCCUGGGAACCGCCUCAAGAUCCUGGUGGGCAUGUACGACAAGAAGCCAGCAGGACCUGGCCCCGGCCCACCCACCACCUCGGCCCAGCCCUCACCUGGCCUCCAUACCCCGGCUGCCCAGUACACACCCAUGCUGCCCACUACUUACCAGCCCCAGCCCGACAGCGUCUACCUGGUGCCUACCCCCAGCAAGACUCAGCAAGGCCACUACCAGGCCCCCGGGUCCAACCCACAGUUCCAGUCUCCCCCUGCCAAGCAGGCAUCCACGUUCUCCAAGCAGAUGCCCCAUCAUUCGUUUCCCAACUCAUCCCCAGACCUUUACCAGGUGCCCCCAGGGCCUGGCAGCCCCGCCCAGGACAUUUAUCAGGUGCCACCUUCUGCUGGGAUAGGGCACGACAUCUACCAGGUCCCCCCGUCCAUGGAUGCACGCAGCUGGGAGGGGACGAAGCCACCAGCAAAGGUGGUGGUGCCCACCCGCGUGGGGCAAGGCUAUGUGUUUGAGGCCUCCCAGCCAGAACAGGACGAGUAUGACAUCCCACGCCACCUGCUGGCCUCUGGGCCCCAGGACAUCUAUGAUGUGCCCCCUGUUCGGGGGCUGCUUCCCAGCCAGUAUGGCCAGGAGGUAUAUGAUACACCCCCUAUGGCUGUCAAAGGCCCCAACGGCCGGGACCCAUCACUGGACGUGUAUGACGUGCCUCCCAGUGUGGAGAAGGGCCUGCCGCCAUCCAACCACCAUGCGGUGUACGAUAUUCCUCCAUCGGUGAGCAAGGAUGUGCCUGAUGGUCCACUGAUGCGUGAGGAGACAUAUGACGUGCCCCCAGCCUUCGCCAAAGCCAAGCCCUUUGACCCAACCCGCCACCCACUGGUCCUUGCUGCACCCCCUCCAGACUCCCCACCAACUGAGGAUGUGUAUGACGUGCCGCCCCCUGCCCCUGACCUCUAUGAUGUGCCCCCUGGCUUGCGGCGGCCUGGCCCCAGCACCCUCUACGACGUGCCCCGGGAGCGGGCUCUUCCUCCCGAGGUGGCUGAUGGCAGCAUAGCUGACGACGGUGUGUAUUCGGUGCCCCCCCCAGCUGAGCGAGAGGCCCCUGCUGAUGCCAAGCGCCUGUCUGCCUCUAGCACGGGUAGCACGCGCAGCAGCCAGUCGGCAUCCUCGCUGGAGGCUGCAGUACCAGGCCGGGAGCCCCUGGAUAUGGAGGUGGCCAUGGAGGCCCUGUCACGGCUGCAGCAAGGUGUGAGCGCCACUGUUGCCCACCUCCUGGACCUGGUGGGCAGUGCCACCACGAGUGGGGCCUGGCGCAGCAACCCCGAGCCUCAGGAGCCUCCGGCACAGGACCUGCGGACUGCGGUGGCUGCCGUCCAGGGGGCUGUACAUGAGCUGCUGGAGUUUGCCCGCAGCGCUGUGGGCAAUGCCGCCCACACUUCUGACCGUACACUACAUGCCAAGCUCAGCUGGCAGCUGCAGAAGAUGGAGGACGUGUACCAGACUCUGGUGGCCCAUGGUCAGGCUCUUGACAGUAGAGGCCCAGGGGCCACUGCAGAAGACCUGGACCGCCUGGUGGCCUGCUCACGGGCUGUGCCCGAGGAUGCAAAGCAGCUAGGCUCUUUCUUGCAUGGCAAUGCCUCGUUGCUCUUCAGACGGACCAAGGCCCCUGUCCCGGGGCCUGAGGGGGGUGGCCCACUGUACCCCAACCCCGCCGACAAGGCCAGCAGCAUCCAGUCCCGGCCCCUGCCCUCACCCCCCAAGUUCACCUCCCAGGACUCACCAGAUGGGCAGUACGAGAACAGUGAGGGGGGCUGGAUGGAGGAUUACGACUACGUCCAUUUGCAGGGGAAGGAAGAGUUUGAGAAAACCCAGAAGGAGCUGCUGGAAAAGGGCAACAUCAUGCGGCAGGGGAAGGGCCAGCUGGAACUGCAGCAGCUGAAGCAGUUUGAGCGGCUGGAGCAGGAAGUGUCACGGCCCAUAGACCACGACCUGGCCAACUGGACACAGGCCCAGCCGCUGGCCCCAGGGCGGACGGGAGGGCUGGGGCCCUCUGACCGGCAGCUGCUGCUCUUCUACCUGGAGCAGUGCGAGGCCAACCUGACCACGCUGACCAACGCAGUGGAGGCCUUCUUCACUGCCGUGUCCACCAACCAGCCGCCCAAGAUCUUCGUGGCUCACAGCAAGUUCGUCAUCCUCAGUGCCCACAAGCUGGUGUUCAUCGGGGACACACUGUCGCGUCAGGCCAAGGCGGCUGACGUGCGCAACCAGGUGACCCACUACAGCAACCUGCUCUGUGACCUCCUGCGUGGCAUUGUGGCCACCACCAAGGCUGCCGCCCUACAGUACCCUUCGGCCACUGCCGCCCAGGACAUGAUGGACAGGGUCAAGGAGCUGGGCCACAGCACCCAGCAGUUCCGCCGUGUCCUGGGCCAGCUGGCAGCUGCCUGAGAGCAGACGACCACAGGGAUGGAGGGCAGAGGGAGCAGGGCAGUGAUGGUCCGAGCUGUCCCAAGAAAGUCACUACAUGUGGCUGUGGGCACAGGCAGCCUACAGCUCCACCCGGGCCCAGUGCCCAAGACUGACCAGGGAUUUGUAUAUAUUUAUGAUGGACCAGGAAGCAGGGCUGGGUCCUGGAGCUGAGGCCACGGGACGGGCUGGUGGUCCGCCCUCAGCUGGCCGGGGAGGGCCCCAGCAUGGGGCUAGGUCAGGGGUGCCCAGGUACCUCGACCUUGGGCUGACCCACUAGGGUGCUGUGUCCCCUCCAGUAGGGCAAACGCAGCUGUGGUGUGUUCCUUCUCUGCACCUGGAGAAAACCCUAAAGAACUAUUUUUCAUUAUUGAUUUUCCAAUCACUUGACUAAUAGUCUACAUUUAAAUAAAAUUUGAAAAAUGAAAAGCGGUCUACUGCGGUGUGGUGGGCAACAGGACCGUCUCUGGGAAGCCUGUUGUGUCCUCUCCUGUAGUGCUGCCAGGCAGGAGUGAUAAAUCGAGGUUAAGGUUGGGAGGGAAUAAGAGAUGUCCCCUGACACCCUAUUGCCAGUCAGCCUCACCUGACCCCACAGUGGGCAGCGGUGACCACUCAGUACUAACAGGGAGUCCCGUGGAAGAAGGGGCUGGAGCAGGCCUGGGGAGGGGGGCGUGUGCAGCCUCGCCUCUGCUGCCUCAUCCCUUCUGGCCUAGCCAGCUCGCCUCAGACUCCCCCUCACUUGCAGGGACAUAUGCAGGGCCAGGAGCCCGGGACCGCAUCCUCCCCAUUGGCAACCUUGGACAGGCUGCUUAGCUUGGGGUGGGUGGCAGAGACCCUGCAGCCUGGGACACGGUGGCUGGAGCAUGGGACAGGGCAUACAUAAGUGGAUGUCCCGGGGGGCCAGGGUGACGAGCUGGCACCUCCAGGCCUCGUCCCCUGGAAUGAGAACUCUGGCUGCUGUACCAUCACCCAGUUCAGUAGCACCCUUAGGUGCCCUUGGGGAGGAGCCUGGGACUGGGAAGCUGGUUCUAGGGGACCCUCAUAUCGGUAGCUCCCCAGCCUGCUGUGUUUCCAAAGGGCAGUGUCCAUCCUCUGAGCCCUGAGUUUGCAGCAGGGACAGCUGGGGCCAGGAGGCUGCCUGGGUCCAGAGGUUGGAGGAAUCCUGACCUCCCAUCCUUCAACCCCUGCUUCUGCAUGGAUGGCGGAGACCCCAAGACAAGGGAGCAUGUGAGGUGCCUGCGGGACUUCCUGGGGGACGGGGGAAGCCUGGCAGAGGUGUCCAGGGUGGCCCAGAGGGGGCAGCUGUGGGCUGGGGACAGGUAUGAGAAGGAAGGGGAUUUGGCCCCGUGAGGUGCCGUUGGUUGAGGGGAGUCAGCAGAAGGAGGCCUUGGAGCCUCGUGUGCCCUGCUUCCAGCGGCAGGCGGGCGAGGCUUCACUUGGGCUGCCUGAGUCUCGCACUUGCGAAAGCUACUGCCAGAGAGGAGGAAGCGGAAGACCACCUUCAGAAACGCCACGGUGAGGUUCAGAAGGUGGGGUGGGGUCUAUCCUGGGGGGCCCCUGUUAAAUUCCCCUUGCCUACCACGCUGCCUUGCCAUCCCUUCCCUAUCAGAGUUCUUAGACUGAGAAGCUCCUGGUUCCAGCAUGACCUGGGAGAUCAGAAGCUUCCCGGGAACCACAGGGGUGUGGAGCCCACCGCGGGCUCACCCUCUAGCACACUGUGGGGUGGACGGUGAGGCCCCCACAGCCUAGGGGGCAGGGGUUUGGGGGAGGCCUAGUUGACUGCCUAUCCCAGGCCUAUCCAGGCGUCGCCAUUCUCUUUGCACCCCACUUCAUGUGCCUGUGACCUUCCUGGCCACUCCCUGGGGAGGAAUGAGGAGGUCCCUCAGAGACCACCCCUGCCCCCCAGCCUAGCCCGCUGAAGACCAAGCUCGUGAGUAGAAUGAGGCCUUGGAGGCCCUGACACAGGCACGCACACCACUGACAUGUCUUUAAUCUGUUUAUUGGGGCUUUAGAGAAAUAGGGUCAGCAGGAAGGCUGUGGGGGGCCGUGGGUUCAGUUGGCAGCCAGGAUCUGCCGCACCCAGGGCAUGAGCUUAGUGACGCGGGCGUACACGCCAGGGCUGGAGGUGGAGCAGGUGCCGCUGCCCCAGGACACGAUGCCCACCAGGGUCCAGGCUCCAUCCUUCUGGCAGACCAGGGGGCCACCAGAGUCACCCUGUGGGAGAGGGAUAAGAGUGCUUGGAUCUGGCAGCUCACGUGGCCCUGGAUGCCAUCCCAGAGCCCAGUCUAGGACUUGACAGCCUUCAGUAGAAGCUCAGCGCGGGGCCAUUGGGGGGAUUAGGAAAAAAAUAUUAGCAAUUACUGUGGUCUGUGCCCUGGAAAUCAGGGUCACCCCUGAAGUGGGGUCCUAUGGUAAAGCUUCCAUAAAGCUAGUUUGAAAAAUAGGAGCAAAGCAUGGUGGUAAGUGAAGGGGCCACGCUGAGGGAGAAGGGUCCUCUGGAGCCCAUCUGCAACCCCUGUCCUGCUGCCCAGGCUGAGCACUGUACAACUCCAGGAGGUGCAUUUUGCUCAGAUGGUGUUAGCAGUGAAAUUUUGCCAUCUGGGAACUGACACCAGAGUCUCUCCUGGCACCUGUCCGCUGAGGACGUGGGUGAUCUCCAGGGCCGUAUCCUCCUCACUACUCUGGCAGGGUUGCCUAAGGAGAGAGGGGCAGGCCCUAAAAAGAGCCCUGCCUGCUAGUUCGUCUCUUUCCUCUUUUGCCCAAGACCCUGGGCUUCUGCCUGAACCCACACCUUGCUGGGAGGGAAGGGGCACCAGCAGAGCCCAAGGGGCCAUACCAUGCAGGAGGAGACACCGCUGGCACCGGCGCACACCAUGGUGUCGGUGAUCUUGCUGCCCCAGUACUUCUGGCACUCAGGGUUGGACAGGAGGGGCAGGGCGGCCUGCUGCAGCUUCUCGGGGGUGUUGGCAUCUGGAAGGGCAGAUGGGUGGUGUCAGCAACCACAGCCCCGCCUACCUGGCCAUCCCUGGCACGUGCCCACCCGCCUGCUGGCCACUCA